GGCAGCUGUGAUGUCACAGGCAACAACAUCAUCAUCAUCAUCAUCAUCAUCAAGGCCGACGCUGGGGUUCCCGCUUGGUACGGCGCUUCUGCUCAUUGUCAUAUUUUGCCUCAGCGGGAUUUUCUCCUGUUGCUACCACUGGGACAAGCUCCGCUCCCUGCGUGCUCGUGCAAGCCGCCACUCCACCGAUCUAGAAGACCCCCACACUCACGACCAAGAGCAUGUCAUGCCCACCCUUUCUUCGCCAACUCUGCCCGUUAAACUUGCCCUUGUACAUCAGAGCCAUGAGCAGGAAAAGAAGCAAAGCUUGCCAGUCAUAAUGCCUGGGGAUCAGAUUCCCAAGUUCAUGGCUUGGCCUCGGGCGUGUCAGCAACGAUAGUGACUGCCGAAGCCCAUUAGUAAGUGAGAGGCCCCUCUCCCAAGUCAAUCUUUGCAGAAUACUUUGUAAUAUAUCAUAUGCUUUUCCUCUUCUUUUAUUUGUUUUAGUUUGAAAGGAAUGAAGUACUAUUGAUAUUGACUGGUUUCA